AUGAGAAUAAAAUUACCAGAAGUUUCCCCAACUGUUAUUGAUUCUGACCUCAGGUGUAAAGAUGCGAACGCUAAAAGAAAAAUGAAAGAAUAUGUCGAUGACAGAAACAAUGCGAAACCAGCAACAUUUCAGAUUGGAGAUGAUGUGCUAGUACGACAGCGAAAGCGUAACAAAUUCUUGUCGUACAACAAUCCCAUACCAUACCACAUAGUUGUAAAAAAAGGCAGCAUGAUUACAGCUGAAAAUGCCAAAAACAAGAUAACAAGAAAUUCGUCACAUUUUAAGAAGAUAACACGACCGUCCACUUGUGGAUCCACUACGAAUGACGAUGAUGGUGAAUACGAGGAUAUUCCAAACAGUGAUAUUGAAGAACCGGGGAUAUAA